GUCUUAUUUUCAUGUUCUCAGAAGCAUUCUACGACUGCUGCUGAAUGAACUUAAGGCAAAUUUAACAUGGCAUUAAGCAUGUCACAUUGCAAUUUUUAAAAAACGAUAAAGAAAACAAAUCAGUUGUCAAUUCUAUUGUGUAGGUUGAUUUAUAUAUAUAUAUAUAUUAUUUUGCCCCUUAGCCUUCUUGACGAAGGAGCCUUUUUCAUUUCUUUCGGUACCAACUCUGACCACUCAGACUCAGUGUCACCACUCGAACUUAUUGAGUCAUGAGUCAUCAUAGUCAUGUCUGUCUUAGAAUUAGUAGUAAAGACUGAUACUGAAAGUACUGAGACAGAGUCAUUUUUUUAGGUAAAAAAAAAAAUACCAGUAUUAAUACAGUACUGUUGUACAGACAGAACAUGAAAACUUAGGAAAGCACUGGUCACUGGAUUAGAUAACAAUAAUAGCAUGGAACCACCUGAACGAUGACACUGUGAACUCGACAUCGGUCGAAAGCUUCAAGGCUGCCCUGGCAUCAGCCAGGAGCUGUUAGUGUUAGAAUAGCAACAUCAUAUCCCCAACCGUUGCAAAGAUGCCUGUACAUGGGUGCAACAACGAAACAUUACCAGAACCAGAAUAGGCUUAGAGGUGGCCUACUGAUAGACAGAUAAUGGAUAUCAGUAUGCAUGAUUAGAUGAUUCAUAAAAUAGGCCUAAUCAUGGCAUCAUUGUCACAAUGUUAAAUUAAUUAAUGGCUAGGCAUAUAAAUAUUACUUACAACAGUUUGUUAUAUAAAAAUAAUAUUUACUUAACUUAGUACCAGAGCUGUCGCAUAACAUUUGGAGGCACCCGACCACUUUUUGGGAUCAUGCCCCCCAGCAUUUAAAGUAUAUAAUAUAUUUGUCUUUUUUCCACAUCACAACUUUUGGCCUCUUAAAUAUCAGUGGCGGACUGCAGCCGCAGGGGCUGCUGGGCCCACACCACGUCGCUGCUCAGUAAUUAGCUUUUCAACAUAUAUUUAGUUCAAAACAUGGUGUUGUACUGUCACAUAAUGAAAUAUUGAAUUACAAUUUUAAAAUUAUUGUUUUUAUUCCAUUUUAACUUGAUACCGGUUCCAAACUUUUUCCUAUGUUAUCUUCUGUGUUACAGUAGUUAAUGCUCAGAAGGCCCUAACAAUGUCAACCAGAAAACUCAAGUCAACUUCUCCCUCUCUGAAGUCAACUUCCCCCUCUUUGAAGUCAAUUUCACCCCCUCUGAUCUCCAACUGGAUUAAAAAACAUUCUAAAUCAAGAGGUGGAAGGUUAUAUUUCUACAAUGUUGUCACAGGUGUAUCAACUUGGACAAAGCCUGAUGAGCUAAUAAAAGAUGAGGUAAAAACAUAUGUGAUUUGUAUUAGUAAUAACUAUUACUUAAUUUUUAUAUGUGUGAAUAUUUUUUGAUAACUUAAAUGAGGUAUGUGUUCUUAGUAUUGAAUUUCAUUCUCUUGCAGGCUAGGAUGAAAGCUUUAGAUUCUGAAAGUCCAAAAAAACCUUGUCUAAAACGGAAAGCGAUCCAACAAAAUUCAAGUCCAGAGAAGAAACAGAAAUCACAAAAUGAGCUGUCAAAGAAACAAUCUACUAUAUCUAGAUGUGAAUCAAAUGCACCAAACAAGGAUCCUAUGCUGCAGUUAGAACAAAGACUAUCUACAAGACCAAUGAAAAUAAGUCCACACAAUACAAGAGAAAUGGAUGCUCACCCUAUGCCUGAAUCGGACAUUGCAAAGUGUCAAACUGAUGUUAGGAAUAGAAAAAUGAUAAAGCCAUCAAAGAUAAAAUAUAUAAAUAAAUCUUCCAUACAACAAAAUGAGAGCAAAAAUUACAAUGGGCUUUGUGACAACAAACCAGCUGCCAAUAGGGAUACAAGUGGUACCUUUUGUCAAGGAGAAAAAAAUUUGAGUAAUACCAAUACUAAACACACUGUCACAAAUGGUACCUUUUCUCAAGGAGAAAAAAAAUUGAGUAAUACCGGUACUAAACACACUGUGACAAGUGGGACCUUUUCUCAAGGAGAAAAAAAAUUAAGUAAUACUAAACACACUGAUAAGGCCAGUAAUAAAAGUUACACUUCCCAGAAAAAAACACAUAAGAAAGCCCGCCAUAAUAAACAAGUUACUGGUGUUACUGUACAUAAACAGGAUACUGGGGGUACUGUACAUAAUCAGAGCCAAAGGUUACAAGCAGAAGAUGAUUUUAUCCUUCCUGAGAAAUCCAUCAGCAAAAAUAUCUCCAGUUCUCAGGCAAAAAACAUUCUACCUAUCAAAAGUCAGCCGGUUCCUGAAAAGAGAGAUACAUCUGGAGCAUGUGCUCAUAUCUUUAAAUCAAACAGAACUGACCAGAAGAGAAUAAAUGAUAAUACAAUUAAAGCGCACAAUAUUAUACCCCAGGCAGACAUUUUUCCCUUUAAAAGGUGUGCCAGCCUGGCUCAAGCUUCUAAACAGAUCAACAAAGUUCAGGGAGCUGGCGGUUUAGCUGUACCGGUACUAAAUGAACAAGUUUCCCUGGCCAGGGGUAAACCUCCAUCAGGUCAUUCUCGUUAUGAUUCAGAUGAUACCCGCCACACUAAGUGUGCUGCCAACACUGCAUCUCUACAAAAUAAAGAAGACUUUCUUCAGUUCUGUGCUAAACGACAAAUAGAGAAUCUGGCUACAAGAAAGCCACAAAGAGAGGAGAUUUUCUCAUCUAAUCAAACCUACGGGGACCAUUUGGAGUGUGCAAAUUUGAUCCAAAACAAUGCUUCCCAGUUUCAACAUACUGCUUCUGAAAUCCAGGGUACUCAAAACUGUUCUGGACCUCCAUCUGAUCCAACCAUUGACCAGCGACACAAUGUGAAGACUCAUGGAUCAAUUCUACACAAAAUUGUAGCCGAAAAUAAGAUUAUUUCAUCUAAUGCAGUCGAGGAUGACCAUUUUGAAAGUGUCAAUCAGCCCAAUAACAAUAUUUCCAGAUUUGAGCUAAUAACCCAUAAGUAUCCACCUGGUAGUUAUGACUUCAACUCCAGUGAAAUCCAGCAAUCUAAGAGCAGCAUUGACACAUUUCUGCAGACCGGAACUUUUCCUUUUAAAAACCAAACAUGUUUUGAGGAUAGUAAUGAACCUCACUUGGGUAAGAUUGUUUUGAUUUGAAAUGUGUGUAUGUAUGUUAUAAGAUGUGCUGUAGUAAAAUAAUUACUUUUUCAUGUGUGUAACUCAAGAUGUUAACAUUAUUGUUAUUGUAGGUAUAUAACUCAAUAUGUAUUGAAAUAAUUAUUGUUAUAAGAGUAUAACAAAAAGUUCUUUUAAAAUCAUAUAUUGUUUAGCUGGUGUAUAAUUAACGUUCCAGUAAAACUAAUGAGUGGUAAAUUUCAUUAAGCUGCAGUCUGCCAGGCCCAAGACACUACUACAGUCUACAAGGCCCAAGACACUACUGCUGUCUACAAGGCCCAAGUCACUACUGCGGGAGAAAACUUUACUGAAGAUGAUUACAUGGAUGUCGAUGAGGAAGAAAUACUUUGCAAUGUAAGUUUGGUACUUCAAAGAGGAGGAGGUGUUGAUUGCAUCUAUGAUCUGAAUGAUUGUAACUAUGUUCUGAAUUAUUAUAAUGUAGGGUUUGUCUGUAUGAUUGUAGCAAAGUUAGGGUUUAUCUGUUCAAGUAACUUAGCAACAUAGAGAGCAUGUGCCCUGGUCACUGAACUUUCUUAGCUUAGCUGUUGGUAUCCGAUUUUUUUCCUUCAAGUUUUUAAAAAUUUGUAUACAUUUGUUAUACUAUUGUGAUGUGAUUUCUAGGAUGAAAGUGAAACAAACUCAUGGCCAAUGUACAGUUAUAAAUGAAAUAAUGAUACAAAGAAGUUGAUUUUAAAAAAAAGGAAUACUCUGUGCACAAAUUAUAUGAGAUAACUGAAAGCAAUUAGGAUAAAGUUUUGAGUUAAUGUUCUGCUGUUUUGUUUUCUAUAAACAGUUGCAAGAUGUCAGAAAUCAAACCUCAAAUAUCUUGGAACAGGUAUGAAUAUUGGCAUUAAAGAAUUUCAUGAUUUUUAUUUUUAUGUGCUCUCACUCACUUAUGUUUUUUUUUUAUUAAUGAUGUUUUUGAAAUCAAUGAAAGUUGUUAGAUGUUAGAUGACUCAAUUUGAUCUAGCUCCUUGACAGCUCAAUUUUGUUAGAUCACUCAAUUUGUUAAAGAUCCUUGACACCUCUACUUUGUUAGGUCACUCAUAGCUCCUUUAACUUCUUCUUUGUUAGAUCACUCUAUUUGAUCUAGCUCCUCGACACCUCGAACUGACUAACUUCCGGUUAGAUGGGAUUAGUGUACAUGUUUUUUUAUGAGGAAUAUUUCUUUGACUAUGACAUUAUUAGUCAAGUAAAUCCUCAACAAACUGUGAUGUAUAAUCUAAAAUGUCACCAUUGCUGGUCAAGGGAUGAGCCAAAAGUCACUGUCUUCAAAAUGCUUGGCUAAUGAUGUGAUUUCGGGGUUUGUACUGCAUUGUUGAUAUUCGACGCCAUUUUUGUUACCACUUCCUGUCUUACUUGAAGCGUAGCAAAACUCUAUUGCUGUGUGUGCUCUCAGACUGAAACACACGGAGUGACUUGUAGUAUGUUCAAAUACAAUAUUACACUAUAUACAAUUGUGGUAACGGCUCUGGUAAAUAAAUUGUUCAUUUUUGAUGCCGAGAGACCAGAAAUAGGCCUUAUAUUUGACAAUUUGGACUUCAGUAGGAAGACAGUUUUCCGCAUAGCUGGUACUGCUCACUGUGUGUUUAUAGACAUUUUACAUAGAGCAUCCCGAUCAUGCUCUACUCAGAGGCCCUUAGGCCGUCAAAAACUGGUACUAUUGUAUCUGGCCUGCAUCCUCCUCGCAAAUUCGUACUCUCCUGAACCCAACCCUGGACCGAACAUUACUACUAGUGCUGGUUCUCCCUUGCAUACCCCAUCAAGUUCCAAAUCCCAGUCAUCAUGGAUCUGCGGAGCAUGUGACCAUGUUGUACAUGUGGAGGACAGGGGCGUUGCCUGUGAACAAUGUGGGCAAUGGUUCCAUCGUCAAUGCCAAAGCAUCGACACUUCUAAUUACAACCAACAUGCUAAAAAUUCUGACGUGCCAUGGCACUGUACUGUCUGCGGCUGCCAGAUUAACCAGUCUGUGUUUGACCCACAUAGUGCAGGGACAGACUCUACCUUCCCAGAUUUCUCUCUGAACCACUCAAUCUCCACACCAAGAGACAUUCGAAGUUUUCAACCACCACACUGCUCUACUCCUAUGCGCUGCAGUCAACAAGACAAAUGGAGACACAGGCCAUUGCGCAUAUUAAAUGUAAACUUCCAGUCUGCAAGUGGUAAGCGAGUAGAGAUAGCUAACCUAAUUAACAGCCUAAAACCCGACAUCAUCUUGGGCUCAGAAACAUGGCUGAAUCCCUCCAUAGCAAACGCAGAGGUUGUACCAGAUAUAUACAAAGUAUUUCGUCGAGACAGAAAAGACAGAGGAGGAGGAGUGCUUGUUGCAGUCCAUCACAACUUGGACUGCCACGCUGUUCCAGAACUCGAUGUUGACGACUGCGAGAUCCUGUGGGUAAAAUUGAAACUAAAGGGUAGACGCACACUCUACGUGUGUGCCUAUUAUCGACCAAAUACAGCAGAUGAACCAAGCCUGAGGAGGUUCGAGGUAUCGCUUCACAGAGCAACACAGUCAAAAAACGCUUUUCUCCUUAUAGGGGGGGAUUUUAACUUUCCUGGUUGGAAUUGGCAGAUUCCUGCCUUGAAGCCCAAGUCCCCAUACCCUGUUCUACACUCAGAAUUCAUGGAGAUAAUUAACAACCAUGGUCUGGAACAGCUGGUUAAAGAACCCACGAGGGGGGAAAACACUCUUGACCUACUCCUCACCAAUUGUCCACAUCGUGUCCAAAAAGUUGAGGUCAUCCCCGGGAUUUCGGACCACAGCAUUCCUUAUUGUGAAUUUCAGGUCAACACACUAAAAAUGAAACAAAUCAUUCGAGAAAUCCCAAUUUAUGCCAAGGCAGACUGGGAUGGCCUAAGGAUUGCAACCACAGAGCUAAGCUCAAACAUGAAGGUGAUUCAAGGUACAGCGACAACAGACGAGCUGUGGGUGAAGUUCAAGACUACAAUCACUGAUGCAGUGAAGAAAUUUAUACCACACCAAAUCACCAAACCUAGGAUAAAUCAGCCAUGGGUCACGGCUGAAAUCCGUAGGCUCAUCCACAGGAGAGACCGCCAAUACAAACGCAUGAAGAAAAAUGGCUCGAUGGAACUGAGAGAGGAGGUACUGAGACUCCGCCGAACCAUUCAACGCUUAUUGCGUAGAUCGUAUUGGAACUACAUGAACGGCAUCUUCUCAGAGGAAGACACCCCGACCAAAGAUGUCAAGAACAAGCGCUUCUGGAGCUAUGUGAAACACCAAAAGUCCUCAAACGCUGGAGUUUCCCCCUUGAGGUGGGAUGGCCAAUUGACAUCUGACCCAAAAGCACAGGCGGAGAUACUCAAUCAGCAGUUCCAGUCGGUCUUUGGUGACGGUAGAGAGUACUCUGAGACUGAGUUCCUUCUGAAGACCAAAAUGAUGAACAGAGCCUAUCCUAUCAUGGGAGAUAUCCAGAUAUCAGAACAAGGUGUGUUUGCCCUCCUCAAUACCAUUAACCCUUACAAAGCAUGUGGUCCUGACAACAUUAAACCACGAGUGCUCAAAGAAUUAGCCAAAGAAAUCGCUCCUGCACUGACAAUCCUCUUCCAAUCGUCACUAUGCACAGGAAAUGUUCCAGCAGACUGGAGAACAGCGCAUGUCACUCCAAUUUACAAGAAAGGGGAGCAUUCCGACCCUGCCAACUAUCGUCCGAUAUCCCUCACUAGCGUCGUCUGCAAACUGUUGGAGCACAUAAUCGUAAGCUCUGUCAUGAAGCAUCUUGAAAGCCAAAAUAUACUCAAUGACUGUCAACAUGGCUUCCGAGUCAAUAGGUCAUGUGAGACCCAGCUUCUCGAAUUUGUAGAAGACUUGAUGACCAAUCUGGAGAACCACAAGCAGACUGACGUGCUAGUAAUGGACUUCGCAAAAGCAUUUGACCGGGUGAAUCAUAGUUUGCUUCUACACAAACUCCAGAUAUAUGGGAUUCAAGGCACCACUAAAACAUGGAUCUCUAGCUUCCUCAGCCACCGACGCCAAGCAGUAGUGGUGGGCGGUACAAGCUCCUCCUUUGUCAAUGUGAAGUCAGGGGUCCCCCAGGGAUCAGUCCUGGGCCCCUGUUUGUUCCUAGCAUACAUUAAUGACCUACCGGAGAAACUGACAUCACAGGCAAGACUGUUUGCAGAUGACACAGCAGUGUAUAGGACGAUCGCCAACAGAUCUGACCAGGACCAGCUACAACAGGAUCUCAAUCUGUUAGCUGAGUGGGAGAUGAGCUGGGACAUGGAAUUUCACCCUGCCAAGUGCCAGACACUAUCAAUCUCUAGAAGUUGUACUCCUCUACACUACCAAUACAAACUGCACGGCCAUAUUCUUGAGCAAGUUUCCUCCGUAAAGUACCUGGGUGUUACCAUUCAAAGAGAGGUCCGCUGGGACGAGCAUAUUAACAAUGUAUGUAACCAAGCAAACCAAGCCUUGGGGUUCUUAAGGCGAAAUCUAAAGAUUGGCAACUCCUGUGUGAAAGAAAGAGCAUAUAAAGCCUUUAUCCGUCCGAUUUUAGAUUAUGCAUCUUCAGUCUGGGACCCAUUUACCCAGAAGAGCAUUGACAGGUUGGAGGCGGUCCAGCGACGAGCAGCACGCUUUGUCCUAAACCGCUACAGGAAUACCUCUAGUGUUGGCAGCAUGCUAGAAACACUAGGCUGGUCACCAUUGGAGAAACGACGACGACAAUCCAGGCUCUCCAUGAUGUACAAGAUAAAUAAUGGGCUGGUCCACUGUUCCAGUAUUAAACAGAAACUCGUCCCUCUCCCCCAUAGACAGCGACGAGGCCAUGACAGGCAAUUCAGGCUCAUACCAGCAAGAAGCCAGUAUAGGAGCUGCUCAUUCCUGCCCAAGACAAUCAGGGACUGGAACCAUCUUUCAAAAGGAACAGUUGAGGCGACAACACUAGACACAUUUGUGUCUAUUGCCUCAAGCCUUCAAACCCCGAGUGCAUAAUUUCCUCAUCACCACCAGUAACAGAAACAUUGCAAAUCCCAUCUACAUGCAUAGGAGCCAAAAUGAUCAAUAAAUUGAUCGUGGGCCCUUAAGAUAUAGAAGAAGAAGAAGAAGACACCUCUACUUUGUUAUGUAACUCACUCAGUUUGUUAUAGCUUCUAUACAUGUCAUAAUAACCUACAAAAAUGUAAAGUGCUUCUGAAAUUUAAUUUGUUUAUUAGGUGCACAUUUCAGCAACUAAUGAGCACAUUGUGCUCAGAGAUUAUGUCCACCAUGAUGUUUUAUAAUAGUAUGUACAUUGUUUAUCACUAAAUUAAAUGAAAGGUUUGAUUUUUUAAAAAUGGCUGCUGUAAUAAACAAAUAAAGAAUAUUUAAAAAAUAUUAUUUGUAAUUUAUAGUUAAAGUUCAGGUUUAAAUAGAAAUGAACUGAAAUUUGUCAGUUUUUUUACAACUUUGAAAGAGGAAAUCUAAAUAUUGUACUUACAAAGAUUUUUCACUGUUUUUGUUAUUGUAAUCCAGCCUUCAGGUACUCUUACAGAAAUGGUAUUUAACACAAAUAAUAAUCUCAGCCAAGCAUCUGUUGUUGACACCACUUCAUAUUCACCAAUACAAGUAAGGUCAAGGUCAUUGUUUACAAACUUUGUGAAUUUCAUACAUUUAAAAAAUCUUAUUUUCAUAAAUGAAAUUAUGUGCCUUGUUUGGCUAAUAAUGGUGUAGAUUAUUAUAAAUUAUAGUAUGAUAUCAAUAACUAAUUGAUCUGGUUCAAUGAUUCAAGUAUAUUAGAUUUUGCCAGGUUAGGAGGAGCAGUUAAAGAUUCCAGCUCUUUGUAUAAUUCUUACUCUUUAAUUAUAAGGCUAUUAUACAACUUCAUCUUUACAUAUAAAAUAUAUUUCCCUUGGUCACUUUUCUUAGAUAAUAAUUCAACUAAGAAAAUUCACUACAUCUCUUUAAAUCCUGAUUUUAGUUACAAUGAUUCAACUGCAUUUCAUAGCAUUCAAUUCCAUCUCAUGGUAUUCAAAUCCGUGUCAUGGAAUUCAAAUCCCUGUCAUGGCGUUUAAUUCCAUCUCAUGGCGUUUAAUUCCAUCUCAUGGCAUUUCAUUGUAACCCAUGGUUUCAAUCCAUCAUAUUGGAUUCAGUUCUUAAAAAAAAAAAUAACCUUAGCUAUCCCCUACUCAACGUUCCCCCAGAUUUCAUCAAUUUUAAAGUAUCUCCCUACGUUUUUUCCCCAGGCUGUUGUAUUUGUUAUAGACACGAAUGUCUUGAUUUCCAACCUUCAAUUUUUUGACAAUCUCAUCACUACAACUGUACCAGGUAUAAAUCUUUGGCAGUAAAUGUAUAAUUUAUAAGCAUCUUCACUUAUUGAUAUUGUUUUUUAAAUGUAUAACGGUUGUGAGUCACUUUACUUCUAAUAAAUGUAGUAUCGACUGUAAACAAACCCUUGAGAACUUGUUUACUAGAGAGUCUAAGCUUUAUAAUUCAGCAGAUUUAAGUAGAUUUUAAAGGUCUUGAUUUAUAGCAACAAUUUUUUUAAAAAUUGAAAAUUGGUAUUUUAAAACAUUGUACCCCGGAUUUCCCAGAAUGGGAAUAUUUCCAGAGAAAUUUUGUAUAUAAUAAAAAUCAAAUGGGAUCCCAGAAUUCUUCUUGAGACAUUUGAUCGUAAUGUCUUGAAAUGUGUCUGUAGUUUUACUACGGUGUGGUUUUGUGUUGCACUGAGAGGCAUAAGAGAAUGUUAUAAUUCCAUCUCUAGCACUGGUGAAAAUCUACAAAUAAGACCAAUGAUGAUGUAAUAAAGUAUAAGAUAAGAAACGAACAUUUGUUUUAUUAAACCAAAUUAAUAGAAAUUGUGUUUUGAUUACAUUGUACAAUUCAUGUUCAGCAUUAGGGUAAACAUUCUGAAUAAGAUAAUAAAUUUUAAGCUAGAACAAAUUACACUUGAGACUUUUCAAGUAUUUAUCACCCAUCAUACAUCAUGAAACCUCAAUUCCUUAAUGACAAUAUUGACUUUAACAGUGAUUAUGUGAUUUUAUAACAGUCGCAGAAGCACACCGGUUAAUUCUGAUGUUAUUUAGACCUGAGAGACAUUUUAAUGAAUCCCAAUUUUACCCUGACUACACAUUUGCAGUGUGUUUUGAUUUGCAAUUUCAUGUUUUGUACAAUAAAUAAAGUGGUGAAAACAUAUUCCAUCAUGGUGUUUCUAUCACUGAACAUAUUGAUCAGUUUGCCUCGCUGUCCUUUUAUGUAUAUCAGACCUGCAGAAAUUGUAGCCAUGGCAUGUUCAUCCCUUUUUGACACUUACGAUAAUUUUUUAAAUAUCAUUCCUACUGGGUUUUUUUUUUUGUACCAAGAUUUUUGCAAGUUGUUUUUAAAAAAAUCAUUUUCAAAUAAUACAUUACAGUGAGUAAUAUUCAUUUGUGAUGUACACUUUAAUGAGAUUCUUACCCUUGACAUGGUGCUCCAACAUUUGUUUUAAUGUGAAUCUUACCACUGACUUGGUUCAAUGCUGAUAGGUUAUGGUGCUUUGAGACUUGUUUUACCAUGGGCUGUGAUGCAAGAACUGGACUAUCUCAAAAAUGGAAAAAGUUCAGUUAACAAUUCUGUAAGCUUUAAUUUUUUCAUAUUUGAAUCUUAGCCUAAACACAAAAUCUAAUUUUUAUUCUUGGAUAACAAUUUUAGAUUAUUAUUUUUUUUUUUGGCUGUAAAAAAAUUGUUUUUAUCAUUUCUUCCUUCUAGACUUGGCAAUUAUUAUGUAUACCGGUACAAAUAAUAUAUUGAUUGAGGUAAAACUAAUAAAGCAAUAUUUUGUCACAAUCAGCCCAUAGCCAAGAAGGCAGCUGCUGCUGUCCGACUGAUACACAGGUAUCUUUCUUCACAAAAUUCAAAGUUGGUUGGGCAAACUCCACAUGAGGUGAGUAACAAACAUACACACAUAUGUAUGCAUAUAAAUCAACACAUCCCUAGAAAAACGGGGAAGAUUGACAAUAAAUCAUUUUCAGAAUGUAGAAAAUAUAUUGCCAUUAAAAAGAUACUAUGAUCCUUUUCAUAGUUAGUCUUACUGAUCCAUUUCAUAGUAGUCUUAAUGGCCUUUUUAAUAAAUAGUUCACGCAAAAAAUAUAUUUAAAUGUAUUUGUUGUUUUAUAUUUUUAAGGCUUCUGAACCAACAAAUCUGCCAUUUCAUAGUAAUGAUGACAGAAUCCUGCAAUGCUGUUUACAGUGUGAAAAAAAAUGUACGUACCUUAGAGUUUUAAGACUUAACCAUAUUAUGUGUAAAUAAAAUGACUUUAUUUAACUCAAUUAAAAUCUAUAGAGCCCUCUUGGCCACUCUACAACUGUUGUGAUUGUUUUACGACACACAACUAAUUGAUCUACAACUGCUGUCAUUGUUAUACAACAUGUCUGAUUUGAAAUGGAUCAGAUUCCCUCAAGAAACAAAGCUUAAAAGGAAUUGUCUUACACAUUGAAUAUCUUUCAAGAGUGAUUAGGUGUAUAUUUGUUUAUAGUUAUCACGAAUUUUUUAAAAUGAAUUUGCAAGACCAUCCAAAAUGAAACUAUCAUCCUGUAAAAAAUAACAACCUGUGUUGUUAUUCACAGAUCCUUCCAGUAUGGUGAUGUUAGUGACAAGGGACAUCAAUCUCAUCAACAAGGCAAUCAUUAUGGGGAUUAAGGCAGCUAGUACAGAUGUAACUAUUUUGUUUAAAUAA